CAGCAAUAAACCUCCCCGCUAAGCGAAGACAAUGGGCAUCAGCUGCUCAGAAUCUGCUGGAUGGAUCUUUCAUAAUAAGCAUCCAUUCACAGGCGUUCCUGGCACCACAGGGCAGCACAUCCGUUCACAGCAGCCGGCUACUCAGUGAAGCCUUUUAGGGAGAGAUUGAGAAAGGAAAAGGCAGCAGCGGGACUUACCUCCUUUGAGUGUUGAUCAGAGGAGCAUUCAGCAGGCAGGCAAGCAGAGAAGCAUGAGGGGAGCAGGUGUAAAUUCAGCUGUUCAUUGAUUAAGAAGCAAACAUUGCAUACUCAUUGAGGUGCUACCACUACUCGGCCAUCAGUUAAGGCACUUCUCAGUGAACUGCAUAUGGAUCGACGCUGGAGAAUGAAAUAGCUGAAACGGUCAAUGAAUUAAGAGACUUUCUUAUCUGCCAAGGUGGACAGGUUACAUGCUCUUCAAUCAAGCAUAUCAGAAAAUUAUGUUGGAAGACUCUUCGAUUAAGAGAAUCCACAGUUCUAAAAGAGAAACACAUUGAGCCGUUAGCUUCACAAUCAAUUAUUUUGGAUUGUCAUGCAUCUUAAGAAGCAAUUAGUUAAUUAUUCAGUAUUAAUUGGACAUUCGUGAGUGAGCAGCAAUUUUAUCCAUCUCAAGGAUUUUUACAAGAAUAAAGGAAAGUGUGGCAGACAGGAAAACAGCAGCAUUUCUGGAGUUAAAGACAAAGGAGACACCAUCAUUAGUGCCAGAGUGCUUGUGAUCCGUAGAAUAAUGUCAAGUCACACGCUAUUUGAACUUUGUUUUUGACAAGAAGCAAAUUCGCUUAUUAAAGUGAAGUCAGAAACUCAUCCAAGCAGUAAACCUGCAUACUCUUCAGAAAAGGAUAUUCUGCUUUCAGGAGAGACCCCAAUCAUUGAUCAAGGUGAGCUUCUUGUCACACAUUUGCCACAGGACAAUUAAGUCAUGAAUCAAGGCAAUCAGCUUGUUCCUCACUUAGUUUGAGAGUCCUAUUUAUAAAUCUGGGAGUCAAGUUGGGUCAGACGUUUAUUAAUUUAAGACACUCAAAGCUGAUCUAGAGUCAAGCAUUGAACGUUAUGGUGAUCUUGUCACUUUCAGAAGAUAAAACACUCAUUCAUCAAGGUCUAUGGCCCACACGUCAGGCUCUCAUCAGUCAACGUGAGCCAGCUACUCGAGGACAGGGCAUUUGGCCAUUGAUAUCAAUUAGUUGUUCUGUCAAGGUGUAAGAGAAUCACAUCUUUAACCAGCUUGCCAGCUCAUACUUUUUCUGGAAUAAGACACCAAGUUGACGAAACCUAACUAAAAAAAUUGUAAAAAGAUGGCCAGCAUGGCGAUACAGCUGCUCGGGUUCUUCUUGGGACUGUUUGGCUUCUUUGGGACAGUGGUGGCCACAGUGCUCCCUCACUGGCGUAGAACAGCUUAUGUGGGUGCCAAUCUCAUCACUGCUACUGCAUACAUGAAGGGCUUGUGGAUGGAGUGUGCCUGGCACAGCACGGGAAUCUACCAGUGUGAGAUUCAUCGUUCACAGCUGGCCCUGCCCCGGGACCUCCAGGCAGCAAGGGCCUUGAUGAUUAUUUCAUGUGUGCUGUCCAUCUUGGCUGCCAUCUUAGCGUCUGUGGGGAUGAAGUGUACACGCUGUGCAAGGAACUCUGCCGCAAAGAACACUAUCGCCAUUACUGGAGGGAUUUGUUUCAUUUUUGCUGGCAUCCUCUGUCUCAUUCCUGUAUCUUGGUCAACUAACGACAUUAUUCAGGACUUUUAUAACCCAGUUCUACCUAAUGGCAUGAAGUAUGAGAUUGGGCAAGCUCUCUAUGUAGGUUUUGUUUCCUCUGCCCUUACUCUUCUGGGGGGCACGCUGCUCUGCAUGUCUUGCGGGACGGACAGAAAUCACAUCCCAUACCAACCUCAGAUGAGAAAUAAUGCAUAUCGGGCUGCCCCUCAAUAUCAUCCUCCAGCAGCCUAUAAGGACAACCACAACCCCUCAAGAUCUUCUGCCUCAAGUAGUGGCUACCGGGUCCACGACUACGUGUGAACAGACGAUUGGUUCCAUAGAAGGGCCCUGCAGGAAUGAUGACCACACUUUCAACAGGUUUCAACAGUGGGGCAGUACACUGGGGAGGAUGUUAGAUCAUUUAGAUGUUUUCGCACCAAUAGAAUGUUUUUCCAAUUUACAAAAAAUACAAUGCAGUCCCUGAAGAUCAUCAAAGAAUUUGUAUCUAGCUAAACAUUACCCCAGGAGGGUGAUGUGGUGGUGCGUGGACUCAAAAAGACUGGUGUGGAGGUAAAGAUCCAAAGGACUUUAAAUUGUUACUGCUCCUGCAGGAUGUCAGUGGCAUGUGAUGCUUUCCAAUCCACACAGUAGAUGUUUUGCAUUUGGUUCCAUGCUUAAUUGACAGUGAUGGAUGGGGAGAAUCAGUUGUCCUUAUUUUAUGUGUUUUGUCAGGUUACUCUGUGGGAUGUAAGCUUAAGUUCUACCAACAUGAUAUAACAUUUUUUUUAAUUUGUUAUUAAUGCAAAUUAAAAUGAGCGGUAGACCAGCAGUACAGAAGUUAUUCUAAGGCCUGACCGUAUACUGCAAGAAUGUCUGCGUCUGUGAGUGGGAGAAACCAAAGGUGGUCUUUAUUCUGGAACACUUCCUCCACUCAUCCUGGGCAGGACACCUAAAGGUGUACCAAGGUUCACAUCCACUGACACUGUUCAUCUAGCAGCUUUAUUGGUGGGCAUGAAGUCACAGUGACAUAGGUAUUUAUUUAUAUAAUAAAAUAAAAUAAUUGUGGCUCAAUGUGUAAGAAGACCUGAAUAUGGAACAUGUAACAGGAGAAUAAAAAAUAAUCACAAAAAUAAAGCCAAAGAAACAGC